AAACAAGCACUGCAAGAGCUUUGACGUUAGAGAGCAUCUGUUAAUUAUCAAAAUGGUGCAUGGUUCUUGGAUUGAGGGGAAGAUUCCCUGCUUGAGUGUGUAGAGAUGUGGUGCUGUUGUUAUGAAAUACACCAGGAGAUCUAAUCACAAAAAAUUAAAUACUAGUCUUGUCAGAGCCUCACUUAAGAGACUGAUGUAUUGGAUGUACCUUACAUUCUUUUCCCAGAGUACUGAAAGGGGUAAGCAAGUGAAAAUCUCCUGUCAUUCCAGCAGCUGUAGGCAUGCCAGUAUCUAUCUGGUUUCAGCACUCUUCUCUGGUUGGACAUUGGAGCUCUUGUACUGUUUCUCUAUAUGGCAGAUUACAGUUCUUUUCUUCAGCAACAUGAGUGCUUAACAGAGUUUGAAUUCCCUCUGGCAAUCCUCAAGUCACCAGCUUGUUUUCUGCUCAUAUGACCUGUGAGCCAAAACUUGCAUAGUUUCUGCCCCCAUGGCCUUCCAGGAAAAAAAAUGGUUGUGAUCUUUCCUGAUGUUUGCAACAGCUGGGUGUGGUCUACACUUUUUUCUGUGCAGUGUGCACAGGGCUCAGCUUUCUGACCCACAAAUUACAGGAGCCAGAGUCUUGCAAUUAAGAUGGGAUUGUUACCCCAUCUUGCUUUUCACAGGUUUUGUAUUCCAGUCGGUCGGGCCCACUGCGUUGAGUCCAGUGCUUGGCUAAGGUAUAUUUCCACUAACAGUCAUUCUACAUCUGAUGGUAAAAAUGCAGAAUCCACUCCUUUGCUUGAUUUGCUUACUGGUUAAUGGCUUUCACUAUUGAAAUUGGGCACAAAUUUCUGGUCUCAAUUUCUAGAGAUUAGAGGUUGUUAAGCUCAUGGAACAAGUUGCAGGGUUCUUUUGCUUUUUGAUAUUUUACAGAACAAUUUAGGUUGGAAAGGGCCUCUGAAGAUCAUCUAGUCCAACCUGCUUCACAAAGCAGCACUAGCUUCAAAGGUAGAUCAGGUUGCUCAGAGACUUGUCUAGUCAAGUUUUGAAAAUCUCCAAGGAUGGAGAUUCCACAGCCUCAUGGAGUAACUUGUUUUGCUGUUUAUUCACUCUCAUGGACUAAAUGAUUACUUUAUAUCCAGUCUGAAUUUCUUUUGCCGCAGCUUGUGAUCAUUGCCUCCUGUCCUUUCACUGUUCACCACUGAGAGGAGUCUGGCUCCAUCUCCUCUGUAACACCUUGACCAUGUUUGUCUGGGUUGAAUAAUUGAAGUUGCAGCAUGUCCCACUAGUAACGUGCUUUCAUUGUGGAAAGAAUUGCUGUUCAUUCCUCCCUUGGUUUCUUCUCUUAACUAGGUGUUUUUCCUUCAAAGAGCCUUUCCUCUUGUCCCGUGACAAUUUAAGAGCCUUUAAUGACCUUGUUUAAGAUAAUUAAAAAUGUAAGAUAUGAUUUUGCUUUACAGAGCCAUGUAGCCUCUUUCCCAAUUCAUCAUCUCAUGCUCUGACUACUAAUUCUGUUCUUCAUUAUAUUUUCUAGUAAUCUGUCUGGUACAGAGCUCAGACUUGCUGUGCUGCAGCUCUCAACGUCCACCUUCUUAAAGAGAGAAAGCACAAUUGCCCCUUUCCGGUCUUGUGCUGUGGAUAAUAAGUGACAGGUUUGGUCAUGUCAUACUAAAGCUUCUUUAGGACGCAUGAGUGAAUGCUAACUAGUUUUAAGGUUUACUCCUGCCAUCAAAUUGUUUUAAAACCUCCCCUGUUCACAUUUUAAUUAGAAGCAGUCCCCCACACCCAUCCUAAGAAAAAGUCUCUGUUUUGGAUAUUUAUGAUCUCUUCUGUGGCAACGGCUGAUAAUGAUGAUUAAUUUGGUUUUUCCAACUGGCCCUAUUUUCUCUUGAGAUGUUGGCACGGAUUGUAUGUCGUCCCCACUGAUCAUCUGGUAGGUGUACUGAUGUUUUUUGAUGAGGUUUGUUGUUAUUAUUUGCUUUUAUGUCUUUAGCAAACUUACUCAGGUUUUUUGAGGGAGGUUUACUUUACUGUGAAUUUUGCAUUUCAUUUGCUAGAGUUCAGGCUUUUAUCAUUUUUCUUCUUUUGACAUGUAAAUUCCCUUUAAAGGCUGUCUUUUUACUUCUAACAGCUUCUUGGUUGCACAGUGUCUAAUCUCCGCAAACUGAACUAAAACUUUCCCUUCGGAUGACGAUUCCUUGUUGGCAACUUACGUAAAGUCUGUCAGGCAGUUCUUCAUUAAAAGUUGAAUUCUGUAUUUCUCUGUCCCUUAUAUUUUGUAUGGAAUUGGUAUGAAACUAAGUGGACUGCAAUUAUUUCACUCAUCCUGCUCGCCCUGCACUAAUGCUGCUCUUCCACUCUCUAGCAUCUCGAGUAUUCCAAGCUUUGGUAAAACUGAAUGUAAGGCCAAAGACCUUCUUAAUCAGUGCUUCUGCCCACGUUUCCUCAGCUUGCUGAUUUUAAAAUGCUUAUCCCUCUCAGCUGAAGUACAGAGAGAUGAUCACGAGUGAUUGGAUUACCCUAGCCUAAGGCUUUUCUGUUCUUUAGCUGAGCUGUGGUAGCUGGCUACGCUUGUGCAGCCAGCUCUGCUGAUCGUGCAGUAAAGUGCUUUAGGCAUGGUUACUGCUCAGAGAUGAAAUCAUAGUUUGCCCAACUCCUUUAACUGGAAGCUGAGAGCAGGUAAUAUUACCUGUUACCUCAUCAGAUUUCAUCUGCUUCUGCUGAAGUUACCUUUGAAAGGGGUUUCGGAAGUAUGGCCUUUCUGCUCUUAGUUCUGGUUAUUAAGUUCGUAAUAUAAGCAAACGAGUUUUGUCAUCCCAAACCCAGUGGAUUCUUAAUUUUUCCCAGUUAUGCCCUGUAGGCUGUGUUUGCAACUGUGCUAGCAGUCCUGAGAAUUUGAAAGGAAGUCAGUGAGCAAUAUGCUUGCUCAAAACCCUGGAAAAAUUAGGUUGCACGUAAUUAACUGAAAACCAUAAAAACACAGCUGAUGAAUGCCUAGGGUUCUCCACAGGUACAGCAUCCAGGCAGGUGAGUUCAGUGGCAAAACAGAUUUUCUUAAUAGCCAUUUACUGUUGUUACUGUGAUUCCACAGCCAAUUCCCCAGACUCUGCAGGGUUCAUAGUGGGUUCAUACAGUCAAAAAGACUAGGGCAUAGACUAAUGAACAAAGAUGAAACAAAUGGUUUCCUCCUUUUCAAAAGAGUGCUAAUUUUUAUUUUCCAACAUGUGCGUAGAAGUGUCUCCUGUCAGUGUGUGACUGUUCAAGGUUAUAAUUCUUCUGGUCAGGUACGCAGGAAACCACCAUCCAAUUAAAUCACAUCUGUCAGAAGGAAGUUUCUGUACUGUUUACAAUAAGUUAUUUACAAUUUUAGAAGUUCUUACCAAGCAGCAAAGGGAGUUUCAGUGAUUGUCCUUGGACUCAUCAACUGUUCGCAACAACUACCACGAGCUCACGAGCCCCAGCACUUUGUGCUUGCUGCCGGCAGCCUUCAGCACCUUUAACAAGCAGCAUCAGACAAAGCUGCGUGCUCCAAACCUGCCCAGCAUCCCCCAGGCACAGUAACCCACUGACCCCCAGGCGCGAGGGGAGCACAGCAAGGGCACUAUAAAACCUGAGAUUCAGUUGCUCAGAAAUGAGUUGGUUUUGUGGAGCUGCAGCCCUGCUGCGUAGCAUGGGCUCAGGAGCAGGCUGCCUGCCUCGCAGUGUUUUCCCCAUGCUUUGGGUCUCUGAGGAUGUCAGGAUGUGAACUGGAGUUUGCAGUUCUGGACCAGGAUACAAAGAAAUUGCUGUAUCUCUCUUUAUGUUUGUUUGCAGAUGGGCCAUGCCUGGGUGUGUUGGGGGUCUGAGACGGAGUCUCUCAGUGAGUCUGAGAAGACAAGUGACUUCCAGUCUCUUCUCAGCUGGGAUUCAAGCUUGGAUCUAGAAGUGGGGAGCUGGAGGAAUACCGAAGAGACAGCCAUAGGGGAGCUAGAGGAGAGCAGCCAAGAGGAAGACUGCAAGCAGGAGUUCAGUGAGUCUCUCUGGGAGGAUGACAGUGAAGACUGCCAAAAGGUGGAGACUCAGUGUGACAGCCUUCUCCAGUUCCUCUCAGAGGUAACCCACUUAAUGGAACCUCUCUGCAUUAGCAGCACAGAUUCAGCACAGAGUCACUGGAACUUUUGUGGCUCUGGGAAACAGAAUGAUGGGGAAAAUAUAAGCUGCCAGGAAAAGACCAUGGGGUCAGCAGUCUCAGAAGUGGAAGGAAGUCAGCUGCAGAUCCUGGCAGAAGAAGAUGAGAAGAAGCAUUUCCCAGAAAGAGAGGACAAGGCUCAAGAGGCACCUAGGGAAGAAGCUGCAGGUGAGGUGUGUCUACAAGAGAAGAUUAGUGAGCCCCUGAAUCAAGAUGAUAGAGAUAGCACCUCUGCAGCCUCCCCCUUGGGGUCUGUGAGUCCUGCCUCCACACAGCUGGUGCAGUUGAGCUGGGAUAACCCCCUGCAACGUUUGCUCUUCAAGAGGACUCUCCUGUCCAUCUGGAAGAUGAUAGCCAGUCACAGAUACAGUGGCCUGUUCCUGAAGGCAGUGUCAGACAAACAAGCCCCUGGAUACAAGGAUGUGGUGAAGAGACCCAUGGAUUUAACCAGCAUAAAGAGAAGCUUGUCGAAGGGCCACAUUCACACCAGCGUCCAGUUCCAGCGCGACCUCAUGCUCAUGUUCCAGAACGCAGUGAUGUACAACAGCUCAACCCACCACGUACACCGCAUGGCUGUGGAAAUGCAGCAAGAGGUCUUGGAGCAGCUGCAGAUGCUGGGUGAAGCCCUCCUGUGCUCUGGGGACAGGCUGGGCUGGGGGAGAAGGUUGAUGGGAUAAAGAACAAAGCAGUUGCUAGGAGGGGAGCUGGAAGCGAAACCUUCCUUCUUGGCUGGGAAAAGCAGCACGUCCCUGCAAUGAGUAAAGAGGGGGAAAAUGAUCUUCAUUAUCAGCUGAGGUGAAUCUGGGCCUGCCCCCAUCCAAAUGUCUCACUGAUGAGACUUUGGUGCUGCAGAAGAGCUCUGUUGUUUAGGUGCCUUCACUGUAUGUUUACAGCAGUGCUGUGUUCAGGUUUGGGUGUAGAUUUAGUGUUUAAGGUCCUUGUUCUGCCUCAGCUGGGUGAGGACUGGUCACAGACCUGUGACAUCCAUGUCCUUUAUCAUACCAGUGUCUGAGAGGCCGGGGCUGUUUUCCAGUAAAGGUAGAUGUUGGAAACCUUG